AUGGCAUCAGAGGCAGAGAAAACAUUCCAGCGGUUUGCUGUCUUCGGAGACUCAUCCAGCAGUGGCACAGAAAUGAACAACAAGAACUUCGCCAAGCUCUGCAAAGAUUGUGGCAUCAUGGACGGCAAGGCGGUGACCUCCACGGAUGUGGACAUCGUGUUCAGCAAAGUCAAAGCCAAGAAUGCCCGAACCAUCACAUUUUCACAGUUCCAAGAGGCAAUGAAAGAACUGGGCCAGAAGCGGUUCAAGGGGAAAAACCCAGAUGAAGCCCUGGAGAACAUUCAUAAGCUCAUGGAGGGCAAGGAUCCGGCCACCACUGGAGCGACCAAAGCAACCACGGUGGGUGGAGUGGAUCGUCUGACAGACACCAGCAAGUACACUGGCACCCACAAGGAGCGCUUUGAUGAGAGUGGCAAGGGCAAGGGCAUUGCAGGACGGGAAGAGACAACUGACAACUCAGGCUAUGUGAGUGGCUACAAGGGCGCUGGCACUUAUGAUAAGAAGAAGUGA